AUUCACUACAUAGUGGACAUGCACUAAUUAAAGAGACCGUGUAUUGGCCAUAUAUACUUCGAAUUUCAUUAAUCACUUACGCUUUACAUUAAAUAUAUUCAAAGGUGAUAAAGUUAAGAACAACUAUGAGUGAAGCAUUAAAGAAAAGACAAGAAAAAAAGAAAAGAAAAAUAUGUGCAAAACUGCAGGCAUAUGGUUUACAAAUCGACUGUAACCCAACUUCAACCGUUGUUAUUGCCAAUGCAGGAAUUGGUAAUAUGGUUUGUUCAACUGAACUUACACAUUUGGUUUCGCAAUAUGGAGACUGCAUAUUGCUAAAACUUGACGGCAAAUCUUAUGCAGUUGUACAAUACAAGAACACAGAAUCAGCUAAAUAUGCUGCAGAAUCACUAGAAGGUCAUCAAAUGGUGAAACAGACUAAGAAUGAGUUUGCAACGUUUUAUUGUUUUUACUUGAAUAAUAUUCCACAAGAAGAUGUGAUAUUCGCAGAAGAGAAAAGUGACCUUCCAAAUGGUUUGAUUAAAAUUGAAAACUUUCUUAACAAAGAAGAAGAACAGGCCCUCAUCAACUGCAUACAACACGACAUUAGCAUUUUAUCCAAUGAUCAUGUUUCUGAAAAGUUAAAACACCGUACUGUGUUGCACUAUGGGUAUAAAUUCCGUUAUGGUACAAACGAUGUUGAUAUUAACAAUCCUAUUAGUGAAGGUCUUCCAAACUACAUUGAAAAUCUAUUGGAUCGAAUUAUGGCUACAGGAUAUCUACCAUCAAGGCCAGACCAACUCACCAUUAACAUGUAUGAGCCUGGAGAUGGUAUACCCCCACAUACUGAUAACACAAGAUCCUUUGAUGGUGUGUUAUCCACUGUAAGCUUGGGUUCACAUACUGUUAUGAACUUUAGUAAAGAAGGUGCUGAAAGAAUAGAUGUGUGUGUCGAGCCGCGUACUUUAUUUUUAUUUACUGGUGAAUCAAGAUAUGAGUGGAGACAUGGCAUCCAGCAAAGAAAGUUUGAUAUUUUAGAUCAGGGGAAAAAAAUAACCACUCGGACCAUUAGGUAUUCUUUGACAUUUCGAACAGUUGUAAAAGAUGCCGGAAAAAGUGGGUGUACACAAAAAGAGGAGUUUUUGAUUCCAGAAAAUGAGUCCGAUGCAAAUUCCCUUGAAAGUUCUCAUGUUCAUUCUGUCUAUGAUAAAAUUGCCGAUCACUUCUCAUCAACUAGAGAAAAACCAUGGCCUCAUGUUGUGGAAUUCUUGCAAAGUCUGCCUCGUGCAUCAGUUGUAUUGGAUGUUGGUUGUGGAAGUGGAAGAUAUCUUGGUGUUUGUCAACAACACUUUAUGCUUGGCUGCGAUCGCAGCGUGUCUCUUAUUAAUAUCUGUAAACAGAAAAAUUUUCCAUCUUUUGUAUGCAACGGUUUAAAGCUUCCAGUGCGAGAAGGAAGUUUUGAUGCUUGUAUAUGCAUUGCUGUUAUUCACCAUUAUGCCACAGAGAAGCGUAGAAUUCAAGCUAUUAAAGAACUUCUAAGAGCAGUAAGAAUAGGUGGGAAAAUUCUCAUUUAUGCAUGGGCCAUUGAACAAACAUGUAACAACGUAAAAUCAAAAUAUCUUAAAAAGAAUGCGGUCACAUCAAACCAGGAACACAUUGAGUCUGAUGUUUCAAGCCCAAAAGAUGGAAAGCAAAAGUUAGCGGUUCAUGUUAACAGGACAUUAUUUGUUCAGCAAGAUCUUUUAGUUCCGUGGAAAUCAAAAAAUGUUAACAGUAAAAGUAACAACUCAUGCUCAACUUAUUUAAGAUAUUAUCAUGUGUUUAAAGAAAAUGAACUGCAAUCACUUUGCUCUCAAAUAACUGAAUGCUCUGUGUUAAAGUCUUAUCAUGACAAUGGUAACUGGUGUGUUAUUCUCGAAAAAGUAUAAUUGUUGUUAUUGUUUAAUUUGUUAAUAAAUUUUCGCAAUGCCUAUUUUGUUUCUUCGUAAAUGCUAUGUAUGGAAAAGAAAAAUGUCUUUACUAACUUUGAAAAAUUAUGAAGGUUAACUGACUUGUCAACCUAACGGCAAUUACUUUUUGUCACAGUUUUCUUUAAAAAUGUUAAUAAUAAAAAUGUUAGUAAUAAUGAGUUUCACCUACCACAAAUAAAGUUUUAAAACGUUUA